AUGGAAAAUGUCAAUCAUGAAAUUGAUAAUUUAUACUAUAGGGAUGCAGAUAUAAACGACGACAUUGACGACGAUACUGAGUUUCUGAACUUCUCUGCCGAUGAGAAUGUAUUUCCUGAUCAAAACCCGGAUGACGACCUUCCAAUAAUUGAUCAACCUCAUCUAGUGGGUGUUAGAUGCGCAGCUCACGAUUUUCAACUUUCCGUGUAUGAUGUGAUCAAGAAGAAAACUGUUUCGAACUUUCUCGCGAAAAUGCGGAAGUUAGUAAAGAUCUUGAGAGCUCAGCCCUAUGUUAAUUCCUUCAAAGUGGAUAAAACACGAAAGAUGCCAAUUUUGGAUGGAGAAACCCGAUGGGGCUCUGCCUACCUAAUGGUUAAACGCAUUGAGGAUCAGAAGGAUUUCGUGCAGGGUCUUCUACCGGCAGAGCUACAACGCGAGUUCAACGAUAAAUUUUGGAUGACUAUUGAACGGUUCGUAAAAGCGACAUUUCCAGUUUACUUAUUAACUAAAAGAAUUCAAGAAGAGUCCCUUACUUGUGGAACGAUGUAUCUUUAUUGGAAGGAGUGCUGCCUAGAACUAGCCGAAAUGAAUGACUCAUUGGGAAAUAAACUGCUCGAAGCACUGCAGAACCGACAAGGUAUGUGGUUUGACAACCCCGCCUUCAUGGCCGCUCUUUUCGUAGAUCCACGGCUAAACGAGUUUGAUCCUCCAGUAUUAACGCAGGACCAGAAAGAGGAAGCUGUCCAACAUUUAUUGAAGACUUGGAAUGUACUGCGAACUGUAACGAAAGGAAAUUUGACUACAGAGGACAACCCUGUACCGUCUACAUCCACUGGUGCUGGAAUUUUUUCACGUAUUCAAAAACUUCUAUGCACUAAUCGACAGCAUAAAUCUUCAGAAGUUGGAGAUAUGGAAAAGCGGAUUCGAAGAAUUCCAUUGGAGAUGUUUGCUCCAUUGGAUACUGAUGUUAUCAAAUGGUGGGAAGCAAAAAAGCUGGAAGACAAAGAACUGUCUGAUCUAGCUAUAAUUGUAUCUCAACUACCAUGUACCCAAGUAUCCGUUGAGCGAACAUUUAACGGACUUAGACACAUUUUAACGAAAGCCAGAAUGAAGCUGGGUUCGACUCCACUUGAACAAAUAUUAUUUGUCAAAGCAAAUAGUGAUAUUUUUGAUGAUGUCUACUUUCAAUACGAUUUGUAA